AUGCAACCCCAUAUCCCCUUCGCCCCGGCGGACGGCCUUGCGUACAAGGGUACGGAAGAGGAGGAUGAACAUAUCUAUGCCAUGCAACCGUUGAAGGACAGCGAAUUCAAUCCGAUCCUCCGCCAUCCUAGUACCGACGUCAUGUACAGACCCCCGAUGUUUCGAUACGCCUGGAUCAUAGACGACGACCAUCUGAAGCGCACCAUGUCAGAGAAGUUCCCAAAGUUUAUUACAUUGGUCGACCGUCCUUCCCAGGACAAACCCACUCUUCCGCCAGAGUACUACAAUUACUUCGAAUUCAGCGAGAACCCGAGUCCGAAGACAAAGAUCGGCAGUUUCACUCUUACACUCCAAGACGGCGGGCUCAUCGAGGGCUUGGUUGAAUCCACCAAGCUGCCUAGUGACUAUGUGGAUCACCUCGAAUACGUACUCCUAGUCGACAAGAAUGGAAGUGCGAUACAGGGGAUGCAGAUAGGGUCCAACUACCAGGACGUGAUCCCACCGGAAUACGCCCUCAAACUGCGGGAACUGCUUGAGGUGGGCGACGAGGACCCGAUGUGGUACAUCGAUAUAACGCAGCGGUAUUGGCGGCGUAUCAGGUCGCUUCCAGGUCUCCCUAACAAGAAGAUCGUUUACCCCUCCGACUAA